ACAGAAGACUAAAUAAAUAGGAAGAUAGCUGGUGUAGUAUGUCUUCAUACAUAUUACAUCUGUCUUGGUACUCUUCAACUACGCAAAUUUAGAACUUGCUUUUAGCAAAGACAAUUGUUCCACAACUACUCUGAUUCAGUAUGAUUGUACCCUCAACACAUUUCAGACAAUGUUUCACUUGCUUUAAGCAUCUUAUGAUGAGUUGAGACAGUUUCAGUAAGAUUUAGUCGCGAUAUAGCUACACUUUCUUUGACUAGGAAGAUGUGGUCGUGACAGAUCUGUUGCUUAAUUUUGAAUGUAUCGAUAUGUUGAGGUUUAUGGUUCGAUUUGUUGCUUAAUUUUUUUCCUCCUCGCUUUGGUCGGCUUGAUUAAUUGAUUUCGUUCCGUCAAACUGAUUAUGCAAUUGUUGUGCAUUGGCCGGCAGCCAAUUUUACCACAAUUUUAAGUCGCCGCCAAUAUGAUUCGCCCGCUUCUUGAGAGGUGUGAUUUGUUGAUCCGUGAUUGCACACUGUGGUCCCUUCUACUUGUUCACCUUUUGCACGAACACUCCCUUCUGAGUAUGGAAGACGGAAGGCAACAAAAGAAUAAGGAGGUCGAGGUCGCAGUAGUGAUGAUCGAGGACAUUAUCCGUGACUAUCAACAAAACUACUUUGCGAUUUUAAAUAUGGUUCGCACCAUGGUAGACAAUAAGGACAACAACCGGGAUGAUGCUACUCGUGUCUCAUACAGCAUGACAACCAAAAUGUCGGCGCAAGUCGCACAUAUGAACCGGCUGACAAGGGUGACGGACGUGGACUUCAUCAACAACCUUCGCAUGGACCGCAAUGCUUUUGGCCGUUUGUGUCGCAUACUUUGUGAUAGGUGUGGUGUAGAGGACCAAAGGUAUGUUCGUGUGGAGGAGCAGGUUGCAAUGUUCCUUACCACUCUUGUAAUGUUCCUUUUUUGGCAAAAUCUUUUUAUGUUGUCCCAAUCUUUCUCAUACUUUACUAUUUUUCAUAUUUAUUACUUUAUUUUAUCUCUUACUUUACUCUCUUCACUUUAACCUUUAAAACAUCAAUUUCUUAAAUUUUGUACCCGAAAGAAAUGUCCAACUACCUGGGACUGAGGAAGUAUAUAUGUUGUUAUUUCCUUUA